CAGAAUUAUUCUUAUCUCCACAGUUCUUACUACCCCACAAUGUCGCUAUGGCAGGAACUAAGAGUGCAGGAAUGUGGUCUCUCAUAAGUGAGACUGACCAUACAAAGACCACUUGGGCCUUGCAGGUUCGAGUGGUUAGGAUAUACGAAGUAGCAGCUCAUGCUAGGGGUAGGAACACACUAGAAAUGGUGCUACAUGAUGAGGAGGGUACUCGGAUUCACGCUGUGGUGAAACGACCUCAGGUGGCAUUGUUCAGGCCACAAGUUAUGGAGGACAACGUGUAUGCCGUGAAGAAUUUCAUGGUGCUGGACAAUUACCAGUUGUACAAGACCACAUCUCACCCUUACAUUUUGGAGUUCGUGAGCAGAACCAGGGUCGUGCAUUUAGAUAAGGAAUUUCCAAACUUUAUGUACGACCUACAGCCAUUUGAGAUGCUGCAAGCUCAAAGGCUGUUGAAUGACAAGCUUCUCAUUGCCGGUAAUCAUGACAACGGUGGUGGGUUCAGUGUGAGAGUCCAAAGUGUUAAAACUGUCAAUGGACUGGGUGAUGAGUCUUCCAAAUUUACAUAUGAGAGAUCAAAGUGCUGAAGUGAACACCAAUGGUGUCCCAAACAACUAUGUUAGUAUGUUACAAAUGCAGAAUCAAAUGGAGGAUCAGAAGACCAUGGGAGCAACAAUUCUAAUGACUCCUUCGAUAGUAUAGCCAAGCUAGAAUGAAUUACACUGCAACAAAUGGGUCAGGAUAUAUUAUGAAUGGAAUGACAUUUGAAGAUGCUCAAGAAGCUUGGACUGCAAUUGCUAAUUAUGGUGUUAAAUUUGGUUACAAGGUGAAAAAACUUGAAUGAGAACAACAUGUUGACUGUAAAAUGUUUGAAUGUGGAAGGAUAUUCGUUUAGAGUAUGAAUUUCUCAAGAUGCCC